AUGAGCUCACAGCAAAGCCCAGCAACUAUGCAGACGAGUGUUGAUAGAGAAAAAGUUUACACCUGGAUAAUUGAACUGUCUAAUCCAGAGACUCGGCAAAAUGCCUUGCUUGAAUUGAGUAAGAAACGCGAAGUAGUACCGGAUUUAGCGCCCAUGCUCUGGCAUUCUUUCGGUACAGCAGCCUCUUUAUUGCAAGAAAUAAUAAACAUUUAUCCGGCAAUAAAUCCGGCAACGCUUACUGCUCAUCAGAGCAAUCGGGUUUGUAAUGCGUUGGCAUUGUUACAGUGUGUUGCCAGUCAUCCUGAAACACGUUCUGCAUUUUUACAAGCUCAUGUACCGCUAUUUUUAUACCCAUUCUUACACACAGUCAGCAAGACACGUCCGUUUGAGUAUUUACGACUGACCAGCUUGGGUGUAAUUGGAGCACUGGUUAAAACUGACGAGCAGGAAGUAAUUACAUUUCUUCUGACCACUGAAAUAAUUCCUCUCUGCUUGAGAAUAAUGGAAAGUGGAUCAGAGCUUAGCAAAACCGUAGCGACUUUUAUUUUACAAAAAAUUUUACUUGAUGACAGCGGCUUGUCGUACAUUUGUCAAACUUACGACAGAUUCAGCCACGUCGCUAUGAUUCUUGGAAAGAUGGUCCUAUCUUUGGCUAAAGAUCCUUCUGCGAGAUUACUUAAGCAUGUUGUUAGAUGUUAUUUAAGACUUUCUGAUAAUCCUAGAGCACUUUUAGCACUUCGUCAAUGUUUACCAGACCAAUUACGCGACAACACAUUCGCAACUUGCCUGCAAGAGGACAAAUCAACAAAACACUGGUUGAACCAACUGCUAAAAAAUUUAGAAACAGGACCAAUUACUCCACAAACUGGCCCGACUCAACCUGGACAGCCUGAUCCUAGGACAAUUGGUAUGUCGCCGCUUACGUCUUAG